AUGCUCAGAUAUCUGGAGGAGAAGAGGAAUGAGAGGAAACUAAAAUCACAAGCUGUCGCUCUAAAUCUCAUUGGUCUCAUCCACUCGGGCUUUGGUCAAUGUGAGGAAGGCUGGAGACCGUAUAAUGACAAAUGCUAUUUCUUCUCCUCUGAUAUGAAGUCAUGGCAUGAUGCUUUGGAGGAUUGUGUCAAUAAAGGAAGUAAUCUGAUAAGUAUUCAGGACCUACAUGAGCGGACGUGGGUCAGCACGCAGAUCACAACUUCCCUCUAUUGGAUAGGACUGAAUGAUGUUGCUUCAGAGGGAAACUGGGAAUGGAGUGAUGGGAAUGUUUACUACCCCUACCUCUCGUACUGGAACGAGGGUCAGCCUGAUAACUGGGCUGAUAAUGAAGAUUGUGGGCAGGUUCAAGGUUCCAGUCAAGGCAGAUGGAACGAUGAAGUCUGUACAGCCAGACGACAGUAUAUUUGUAAACGACCAAACCCUAACCCGACCCCACUCUGUGACACUGGAAACGGCUGGGAGCCCUUCGGCUCAAACUGCUAUAAGCUAAGGGCGGGGCUUAAGAAGAGCUGGGCGGCGGCUCGCAGUGACUGUGUCAGAGGGGGCGGAGACUUAGUGUCAAUCACAUCUUCUCAAGAGGAGCAGUAUGUCAUGGGCCGACUGGACCCAUCGUUUUUUGACCUCUGGAUCGGCUUUUCCACCCUUAAAUGCACAACUCUUUCCUGUCAAAUACAACCGAAUGCCACGACUUUCACCUGGUCUGACGCAAGUACUUCCACCUACACAAACUGGCCAGAAGGACAACCAGACCUCACUGACAAACAGAAUGGUGUGUGUGCCACUAUGAUAAAAGAAGCAGGAGAGGAUUAUGGGAAAUGGAGAACACACGUGUGCCGUUAUGAGCGACCAUACAUGUGCAAGAGAGCGUUGAACACUAUUUGUCCUGCGGGAUGGUUGAGUUUCGCUGGAAACUGUUACUGGUUGGUCAGUAAUCGUAACCUCUUGACCAGCUGGUAUUUGGCUCAGACGCAGUGCUUUAACAUGGGUGGAAACUUACUGACCAUCAAAAAUGAAGAGGAGCAGUUCUUCAUUAAUGCACAGUUACCUGAUUUUCACCAGACUGAUUUACCCGAUCUGUGGAUUGGGAUUUCAGACAAAGAUCAAGAUGGGACCUUUAGGUGGGUGGACAAAACUGCAGUCACGUUUUCAAACUGGAGCCCAAAUUUUCCAAAAAACACAGCGAACCAGUGGGACUGUGGCCAGAUUUACACGGGAAACUAUGCUGGGAAAUGGGAAACCACCAACUGCUUUAAAAAUCUUGGAUAUAUCUGCAAGAUGCCUGGAGGUCAAAACGUGAAGCCCACGACAGCCCCAGACUCUCACUGUGAUGAAGGAUAUCUGCUCUUCGAAAACCUCUGCUAUCACUUUGAGAGCGAAUCCGUCAUGACGUGGCAGGAGGCAGAAAGUUACUGCGUGGCUCAGAACGGUCAUCUGGUUAGCAUCCACAAACAGGAGACAAUCAGUUUCUUGACAGCCCACAUGAGCAGAUCCUCCUGGGUGGGUCUUAAUGACAUCGACCGAGAGGGAACGUUUGUCUGGACAGAUGGGACUCAAACAAAUUUCCUGCCCUGGGAACCAACGCAGCCUGAUAACUGGCAGGGGAAUGAAGAUUGUGUCCACAUUCGAGGAACAGAACAUCAGGAUACAGGAAAACUUAACGAUCUGCCCUGCACAGCCACGUACCCUUUCAUCUGUCAGAAGGCAAAAGGUCAAGGACCACCAGCAACAGCUGGUCCAGGCUGGAAUGAGAAGUGCGGCUCGUGGGUUGCUGACCCGUUCAACGACUACUGCUACCUGUUUAACUCUCUGUCCAUGAGAAGCUGGGCUGACGCUCGGGCAGAUUGUUUAAAUCAAGGCGGAGAUCUGAUCAGCAUCACUGAGCCCUUCGAGCAAGGCUUCAUACAAGCUCAAAUCCAGACUGUGCCCACUGGAGUUUCUCUGUGGAUGGGCGCUCAUGAUGCCAUCACAGAGGGGGGGUGGACGUGGACGGACGGCUCUCCCUUCCGCUUUAUAAACUGGGCCACAGGAAACCCAGACGAUUAUUUUGGUGAAGAUUGCUUGUCCAUUUUGAUCAGCUCUGGAUUGUGGAACGACGAUAACUGUGACCAUAAGAGAGGAUAUAUCUGCAAGCGGCGUGGAAACACACCUGAACCUCCUCCACCACACGAAGGUUUCUUCACAGCGUAUACAUGUCAGGACUCUAGCAUGGUGCUUCACUGCCCCACCGACAGCGUCAUCAACAUCCAGUCGGCCUUUUAUGGUCGCCGCAGCAACAAGAUCUGCCCCUAUGGAGACGGAGCCUCGGGUACGUGCACCGUUGAAGGAACCUUACCUGUGGCCAGGAAGAGCUGUGACAACAGAGCUUUUUGUUUUCUGUACGCACACUCGGACACUGACCCCUGCCCUACCGUCUCCAAGUACCUGGAGGUGAUUUACAGCUGUGAACAAAACGUUUGUCUGAGGGGUCUAGGUGUUGAAGAUGGAAACAUCACCAAUUCAAUGCUCUCGGCGUCAUCGUCUCUAAGUGGGAAAGGACCGGAUAAAGCUCGACUGAAUGGAAACUCUUGCUGGAUGCCCUCCAGCUCUGCAAACUCCUGGAUUCAGGUGAAUGUGGGUCACUUAAAGAAGAUCACCGGUGUGGUAGUUCAGGGCUGCCCAUCAUCAGAUCACUGGGUUACAAAGUUUAAGAUCCAGACCAGCACAGAUGGUGUCACUUGGACAGAAUACACCAGUGACGGAGGGGAUUAUCCAGGAUCUGUGGACAGAAAUACUCGAGAAACACGGUUGUUGGGGACGCCGAUCUCAGCUCAGUACAUUCGGCUUCUACCGCUGGAGUGGAAAACUCAAGCAGGAUUGCGUCUGGAUGUUCUGGGCUGCAUACCGGACUAUGCCGUUUCUUGCAGUGCGAAGCCUAACCUCGACCAUGCCACAGACCGAUUGAUUGUUCACUGUCCUGCUGGUUGUGCCAGACAGCCGUACGCUGUGUAUGGGACAGAUAUGUAUCGCGGGGAUUCAAACAUCUGUGCUGCUGCCAUCCAUGCUGGUGUGGUUCUGAACGACAAUGGAGGCGACUGCACCCUGCUGAAAGCUCCGGGUCAGAACUUUUACGCCGGAUCAACUAAGAACGGCAUUAUAUCUCGACAAUUUGAUGGGGUUUACUCUGUGUCUUACCAGUUUGCUGAUGGUGAGCUCAGAUGUUCUGGUCCAGACUGGUUUGAGUUUGGAGAAUUCUGCUAUAAGCCAUUUGGAGAAAAGAAAACAUGGCAUGAAGCUCGAACGGCCUGCAGGCGUUUGGGAGCUGAUCUGGUGUCAGUGAUGUCUAUUACAGAACAGAGCUGGCUGGAGAGUUACCUCUACAUGGCCACCAGUGACGUUUGGAUCGGUCUGAACGAUCUGAGCUUCUCGGGUUUGUUCUCGUGGUCUGAUCAUCAUGAAGUCACGUUCACACACUGGGCUCCUGGUGAACCCAACAAUCACUUUGGCUUCAGUGAGGACUGUGUGGAAAUGUUUCAUCAGACGGGACGAUGGAAUGAUGUGACUUGCACAGAGUUAAACACGUACAUUUGUAAAAUGCCUAAAGGUCACUAUCCUUUGCCAUCCGUUAGGCCUACUAUUUACGGCUGUCCACAGGGAUGGGAUGUUUUUGAAUACUCCUGCUACUGGUUUGAAGAGACGGCCAGAAGCCGGGAGGACGCAAAAGCAUUCUGUGGAAGUAAAAACAGUUCACUGCUGCACAUCAUGGACCUGUACGAACAGGCUCAUUUCACAGCCCUGAUGGGUCGAUAUUCUGGUGACUGGUGGAUUGGCUUGCGGGCAAGAGGAGGGAUUGUGGGUGUGGAUUAUUACUGGGACAACGAUGCUUUACUAACUUACACCAACUGGGGCCGAAACCAGCCAGAUAACCACGGCGGAUCGUGUGUCACCAUGGCGACAAGACCACUGGCAGGAUUCUGGAAUAAUAAGCAGUGCGAGGAAUCGUUCCCAUUUGUGUGCGAAGCUCCUCGCAACGGCAUAGCUCCGCCCACGCGACCUCCGACCCCACCUCCAGCCACAGGAUGUGAGAGCGGCUGGAGUGCAGAACCUCACUUCAGGAACUGUUACAGGAUGUUCACUGUGGACUUUACACUGAAGAAGAGCUGGCAGGGCGCCCGUGAAGACUGCCGUGCCCGUGGGGCCGAUCUGGUGAGCAUCCACAAUGCUGAAGAAGAAAUCUUCCUGUCCAAAUACUCGAAGGGAAAAACCAAGUGGAUCGGAUUGAGUCUCAACCCUACGGAAGGAGGUUACCACUGGAGCGAUGGGACGCCGGUCAGCCACACGAACUGGGGUCACAAUGAACCAAACAACCAUGGCGGGCGAGAAAACUGCGUGGAGAUGGUGACCACAGAAAACGGCACAUCCUGGUGGAACGACCUGAACUGCGACGCCCAUCAGGACUGGAUCUGCAUGAUCCCAAAAGGAAAGAAACCAAUUAUACCCCCAACACCGCCGUCACCUGUACCAGCUCCUGAAUGUGGAUCAAACCCUGGCUGGAGAAAGCACAAUGAAAUCUGUUACUACUACAAUGACACAGAUAUCGUGGACUUUCACACGGCCGUUGUUAGAUGUUAUGAGGAGAAAGCUCAGCUGGUCUCCAUCUCUGAUGAGGCCGAGCAGUCUUAUGUGGUUAGUCUGGUCGGGACCGGUCAGGCAGCUGUGUCGUGGAUAGGAUUGCGAAUGUUUGGGGUUGCGGGUGGAGAAUAUUUGUGGCUGGAUUUGUCUCCAGUGACGUUUGUGAACUGGGGCCCUGGAGAACCCAAUGAUGCCAAUGGAGAAGAACAAUGUGUGGAGAUGAACAGAUAUCCAGGUUCUUGGAAUGAUGCAAACUGUGGUCGGGCUAAUGGCGGUUAUGUGUGUAAGAAAUAUCCGGGAAACGACCACACGCCACCUCCACCAACGUCCUCCUGGGAAGGAAAUUGCCCCGAAGGAUGGAUGAAAUUCCGCAACAAGUGCUACAUAUUUAAAGGAAGUCACAAACAACAAACAGAGAUCAAGGCAAACUGGACAUCCGCACGUGAUUGGUGCAGACAGCAGGGAGGAGAUCUUGCCGUCAUCGAUGAUCAAAAUGAGAACGAUUACGUUGCUAGUUACCUAAGAGACCUGCUUCACCCUGUCUGGAUCGGUUUGUCCGAUAGGCAGCAUGAAGGGAAGUUUGCGUGGAGUGAUGGAGUUAGUCCGGUUUUAUAUACAAACUGGGCAGAGAAGGAGCCAAACAAUGCUUAUGGGCAGGAACACUGUACAGAAAUAUCCCACAAUCACCUGAUCACAGGCCGCUGGAACGAUGAGAGAUGCAGCCUGGAACGAGGAUGGGUGUGCUCCAGAAAGAAAUCAAGCAGCAUUCCCGUCCCUCCACCCACCCGCAGCCCAUGUCCAUCAGGAUACAUCAUCUGGUACAGCAACUGUUAUAAACUUAUUUCAGAGCCCAAAACAUGGGAUGAAGCUCAACAGGCCUGCGUGAAAGAGGGUGGAAAUCUGGCCAGCGUGGACAUGAGUUACGACCAGGCCUUUAUUUCUGGAGCUGUGCAGCAGGGCAAGACAGACGCCUGGAUCGGACUCCGACGGCUGCUUGACAGCGAUUCUUACAAAUGGUCGGAUGGUUGGCCCGUAUUCUUCACUCACUGGGGUCCGGGUGAACCGACCAAUCACAAAGGAGAAGGCUGCGUCAGCAUGCACGCCCCGUCACGAUUUAUUCAAGGCACCUGGAACGAUACAGCUUGCGAUGUGGCCAAACCCUACAUCUGCAAAAUCACUACAGAAAAGCCUCCGGCUACACCCGCUCCAGGCGAUGGGAAAUGUCUGCCGAGCUGGUGGCCGUACGGAAGACACUGCUAUUAUGUUUAUAAUGGGAAAGUUGGCUUCUCGUGGCCGGAGGCGCGACACUUCUGCCAAGAGGUCAGGGGAGCGGAUUUAGCCUCCAUCCACAGUCGGGCUGAGGUGGAAUUCAUCAGGAAUAUCAACUACACAAAGUACCACAAUGUCUGGAUUGGUCUGACCAAAGACCGUUCAUUUGGAUGGAGCUGGACGGAUCUGACAUCACUAGGCUUUACAAACUGGGCUCCCGGAGAACCCAACGAGGCCAUUCAUGACGGCGAUGUCGGGAAAGAGAACUGCGUGGAGAUGUACCAUGACGGCAGGUGGAACGACAACUUCUGCGUGCAGAAGAGAGGCUUUGUGUGCAGACACCGUCAAUAUUAUGUAACAGAUGAUAACGGAGACAUAGUUAUACCAACGGACGCGCCGGACAACAGCGGUCUGAUCACCGGCGCUGUUAUUGGGGCGAUCGUGUGCGCAGCGCUGAUAUUCGCCAUCAUGUACUAUAUCUUCAGGGUGAAGGGUGUAAAACCAGGAGGCAUCGGCAUCUUUAAACAAGAAACUAAAACCAUUGACGUGCCUGCAUUCACUAACCCCAACUUUAGUGGAGAAUCGGAAUCGUGAUGUGUGAGAGAUUCACUCACUCCUAUACAGAAAAUAAAGCCACAGUUCAAACCCUGAAUCGUGAAGUCAUCUCGUAAUCAUCUGUGCAUGCAAUUGGAUUCUUCAUUGUAAUGUAAAUUGUUAAAAUACACACAAUUGCGUUGAUGUGCCAGCGUUUAUUUGUUUGUACAGUUCCUUCUUGAAAUUCAUUUGAAAUAAAUAUGCACUUAGUUUACA